GAUACCAGCAAAAUCACUGAGACAACAGGCAGCGCUGUCGGCAACACAGAGGAGAAAAAGCCAAGCAAGUCACAGCAGCUGAAAAAGGUUUUUCAGGAAUACGGUGCUGUUGGCGUGUCAUUGCACAUUGGAAUCUCAUUAAUCUCCUUGGGCAUAUUUUACAUGGUUGUUUCAAGUGGUGUGGACAUGUCUGCAGUCCUGCUUAAACUUGGACUUAAAGAGUCGCUGGUACAGUCAAAAAUGGCAGCAGGUACAAGUACCUUUGUGGUGGCCUACGCAAUUCACAAGCUGUUUGCGCCCGUGAGAAUCAGCAUUACCUUAGUCUCUGUGCCCUUCAUUGUCAGAUAUUUUCGGAAAGUGGGAUUUUUUAAACCUCCAGCUGCAAAACCUUGAUGAACUCUUCAAUUGUAGGCACUGAAAACCUAUUUUUUUCAGCUACACAAUUCAGAUUGGUUUUAGGGUUGUAGGUUUUUUGGGGGUGGAGGGAAAGGGGCUAAUUGCUAUGUUCUCAAGCAUGAAUGUUACCAUUUCCAGCAAAAGUCAGGCUUUUGAAUAAUUAUAAUUUUUUUGCUUUAUACAUUGUUAAUGCUUUUCAUCAUAGGGCUUGUAUACAUAAUAUGAAACGUCAGCAAGACAUCACAAAUGAAGUAUCUCAAAACAGAACAGCCUACAAAAUGUUGCUUUUCCAAGAUUAUUGGUGAAGGUCUGACUGCAAAAGCCCCAAGGGAUUAAUCUUUGCUCAAGUUCUUAAAAAGCAAUGAUUAACUUAGCUGGUUUUUAAAAUUCCCCUUCUUCUGAUAUUUGUCAGCUGCCUUUGGUUUAAUAUGCAAUAUUCCACAAAACAGCUGCCAGAGCUAUAAUUAAUGAAGCAAAAUUUAACAAUAUAUAAUCAUUAUCUAAAUUAGCACCCACACUUUUGACAUUAUACUUGUUUUGGGGAAAGAAAAACAAGUAUUUAUCGUGUGUUUCAUUGAUCCCAAAACACCUUCAAAUCUGGACAUGCUGGGGCCUAUAGAAUGUGGUUUUUCUGAAAUUUCAUUAAAAUGGGUCAGAGUCAUUUGUCUCUGUUUAGGUAAAAUAUGGAAACCUUGCCCAGUGGUCAUGGCAUCACUUGGCUCCUGAUGCCCAUAUUCACAGAGGAAUUUGGAUACUGCACGUAUGAAAAGCUAAGACAAUCUUAGCAUUUCUUAAACAGUCUUUAACUCUAUUCCAAACUUCAGACAUUCCAGAACUGUCACAAUGUUUACAUUGUCACUACUUAUAUUUUUUAAAUUGAGUUAAAAUUAUGUAUGUUAAAGAUUUUGUAUCAUUUCCUAGAAAAAAAAUUAGUAGCACUUAUUACAAAUGUAAGGGGAGGGGAGAUGGGCAGGUAUAAUUAAAGUCUACAGAGUCAGUUUUACCCAAUGAAGGGUAUAUGUAUUAGGGAGAUUAGUUAAUAGAAAUUCAUGUGCAUAGACCCAAACUGAGACUUCCUCCUUGAAAUAGUCAGGAGCAGGCAAGUGGAGAAGGAAUUCCAUCCUGUGGGAUUCAGCAUCAUUUAGGACUUUCCUCUGGUUCGUGCUCUCAUACACAGCACUUGUUCCAUACUAACCUCUCUGCCCUUCUGCAGGGUUGAGGGAGUUGCAUUUAUCUCUCUGGUUCCCACUUCCUUUUAAAAUUACAUUUGUAACAAUCAGAAAACUAAGAACUAUUUGACUGACACUACUGGCUUUACUGAAAUCUGGCUUUUGAGUUAUCUACUUAGCCAUUACCCAUGUCCAUCGGUUAUCUCAGUUAACAAUUAAAAGAAUCUUUGUGGAACAAGGUCUCCACUGGCAAGAUCUUUAAAGUGGAACCAUAUUUUUCUUAAGCAGUUAGCCCAUUGCCAAAAUUAGAACUGCCUUUCUGAGAUCUCAUUCGAAGGACAUCUCCACAGCCAGGUGAGAUGCCUGAUACCAGUACUAGGUAAUUCCUCGUGCGUAACCAGACAGAGCAUUUCCAUUUCUCAUGUUUAAAGUGAUCUGUUGGCUUUGGGCUCCUAACUGCCUUCUAUACCAGUCUCCCAUUCAGAUCCCUAGCAAUGCCUAUGCAAAAGAAAAAAAAAAAAAAAAAACUUUCCUACUGGCCUAAAUCUCAAAUUUACGUGUGUUAGGAGUAAUGGGAAUGGACUGAAAGGGCAAGCAAUAAAAUACCAAAUGGCCAUUUUGCCAUCCUCCUAGCCCCAGCCCCACUUGUGUGGCCGGUGGCCAAAACAAAAACGAGAGAGGAUGAGGAGGUCAAAGGAUCAGGGAAUUAAGACAUUAUGUGAAUUCACCAGCAAGAUGUACAGAUUGCUUAUAUUUACAUUUUUAUGGAACUAGGAAUAAAGAUGACCUAUUUUAAAAUGUA